UUUGACGAACAGCGCGCUGGUGUCAGCCUCGGGAAGUCUACAAUGAUUUAACCCCUGGAAAACAUCUGAGAGGUUCCACAUUCCAAGAACUGACCUGUUAUAUCCAGAAACUUUCCAAAAAACAAUGGCCAGACUGUUGCAAGCUCCACCCAAGUAUCAUCCCGCAGAAUGGGACAUGGCAAACAAGAUGCAGUGUGCCAGUACAGAGUCUCAGAAAUCCAGGUCAGAGCGCACGAUAGCUGAGAGUCAGAGGCUGCUGGAUGAAAUAGAAAAGACAACUCAGAAAACCCGAAGUGAUGUCAACAAGAGAAUAGAACAGAGACAGGAAGAAAUGAAAUUCUGGAAGCAAGAAUUAGAUGACAAACUUGAACAACUUGUUAAUGAGACAGAGGUACUGUUGACUUUCAAAACUAGGCUGGAGAGAUCUUUGGAGAGCUGCAAAGAGCCACUUGUUAUUGCCCAAAAGUGUCUCCUGAACAGGCAGGAGCGAGCUGGGAUUGACUUGGUGCAUGAUGAAGUGGAACAGGAACUGGUGAAGGAAGCUGAAGUCCUCCAGGGGGUUAUUGCUUUGCUUGGACAUACACUGGAACAAACCAAUGAGCAAAUCAGACUAAACCGUUCAGCAAAAUAUAACCUGGAACUGGAUCUGAAGGACAAGUUCGCAGCUUUGAUGAUUGAUAAUUAUUGUGCUAGCUUGACAACCAACACUCCUGAUAUCAGAUACACCGAUAAUGCAGUGAAAAGAGAAGGAAAUUUUGUUAGCCCUGAAGACUGGCUAGAUUUCUCAAAUAUAAACAUUGAAAAGGCUGACAAGCAGAGAAACAAUUCUUUGGCACUGAGGGCGCUGAUUGAUGGCAUCCUCUCACAGACAGCAAAUGACAUGCGCAAGCAAUAUGAGAUGGUGAAUGUCGCAUUUAGAAAUAGGGUGAAGGAAGUCAAGGAUGCCAAGCACAAGCUAGAGACACUCCUUGCAAUGGUGAUGGAGGAGACUGCCUCACAGGAGAAGAACAUUGCAGCCUUAAAGAAAGCAAUCGCUGAUAAAGAAGGACCUGUUAAAGUGGCUCAAACCUGCUUGGAAGCAAGAAACCAUCGCCCCAAUAUGGAAUUGUGUUAUGACACAGUGCAACACAGGCUGAGUAGUGAAGUUCAAGAGAUUACAAAAAAUACUCAAAGAUUAAAGGAUGCACUGGCACAGGCUGAGACAGAGCUGAAAGGUCUGAGCUGCCGACAGCUUUCCUUGGAGGAGGAGAUCCAGCUCAAGGAGAAUACACUGUACAUUGAUGAAGUGCUCUGCAUGCAAAUGAGAGAGUCUGUUUACAUUAACAACUUCUGA